GGAAAAGGUCGAGGUAGUCCUCAACAAGGUGGUACGAGUUCCAUAGGUGGGCCGGAUUCUAUAAACCAUGUUCAAACUUUAGGUACGCCACCGGUUCAAGCGUCGGAUCACGGUAGUAACCCAACCAUCCACGAAUUAUCUCCCAUUACACACGAUCCGAGCGGCCCAGUAGAUGAGGGUACAUCAAACCAGAGCAACACUGUCAGCGAAGAAGAGUCCAGUAGUCGUCGUAGGCAGCGGACACUUACACUUGUUACUCUUACUCCUGCAGGGUUGGAACCUUCUAAAGAAUGCUCUAAUACCAUAUCCGCAUCUUUCAAAAAUCAACUUGAUCCCAAUGGAAUCAAUUGGAAAGGUGUCUCGAGAAGAUACUAGAAAUUUUUAUUUUGGGGAAUUCAAGAAGACAUACCAUUGGGACUCUUCGAUUCCUGAGAGUGUAAUAAAAAAACAUUGGAAUACUAAGGCAGCAACAAAGUAUAGGAAUUUCAUUAGCAAAAUUAAACAAAAAAGGAUUAAGCCGGAUUAUGUGUCUGAUAAUGUGUGGGAACGCUGGUUGCAACUUUGGGCGGAUCUAAGUGUGUCGAAAAGUCGGAGAUAAAUGCAAAGAAUCGUUGUGGAGG